UUCGGCGGAAGCGGUCGCCCUCUACUUCCGAGCCAAAGUCGCACGUGGAAUUGAAGGGGCUGAUCGAGUGGCAGGGGCUGCUUUUUCCUUCUUCCUGCUUCCCUUCAGUCUCCGAGCUCCAGAAGUGUGAACCAUGACAUCUCUCGCACACCAACUGAAGCGUCUUGCACUCCCUCAGAAUGAUCCCAGUUUAUUGUCACGAAGUGAAGCAGCAUCACUGCUUUUUGAUUGCAAGGAGGCUGCCAAUAUCGACAGGGAAACCUUUUUUGCCAUAGGGUGCACUGGCCUGGAGGAGUUGAUUGGAAUCGAUGCAUCCUUUGAAACAUUUCAGCCAACACUUUUCAGUCAAAUGUCCAAAGGUUUGGAACGUAGUGUGCAAACUAAAGCAGUGAACCAACAGCUGGAUGAAAAUAUUUCAUUGUUCCUUAUUCAUUUGUCCCCUUACUUCAUGCUUAAACCAGCACAGAAAUGCCUUGAGUGGCUGAUUCACAGGUUUCAUAUUCAUCUGUACAAUCAGGACAGUUUAGUUGGCUGUGUACUGCCAUAUCAUGAGACUAAACUGUUUGUGCGAGUUAUUCAGCUCCUCAAAAUUAGUGACCCAACUCAUAAAUGGCAUUGGCUUCAUCCAAUUCAGAAACCAGGAGUCCCUCUUGCAAGGGGAACUUUGAUUACACACUGCUACAAAGACCUUGGUUUCAUGGAUUUCAUAUGCAGGCUAGUGACAAAAUCUGUAAAGGCCUUUUCAGCACAGCCUGAGAGCUUACCCCACAUGAGAGUCCUGUUUACUUUUUAUGCCUCUACCAUUGUCUCUGCCCUUGGAGCUGCAGCAAAUGUAAAUGACACUCUGGUCUCCAAGUUGCUUCCUUAUAUCCAAAAGGGUUUGAAAUCUUUAUUGGUAGAUUACAGAGCAGCAACCUAUAUGAUCAUUUGCCAGUUGGCUGUGAAAAUGACAAUGGAAAACUCUUUGGUUCAUUCCUUAGCACUACAAAUCAGUAAAACUUUUGCCAAACUACAAUCGCUUAUUAAAGAGGGACUAAGCUGCCUAAUCAUCUUACUACAGAGUCAAAAGGAAGAAGGACUUGGAGAAAAGCCAUUUAAAUAUCUUUGUAAGGUACCCAACUUGACUACAACUCUUCAUGAAAUUUCUACAGAUUAUGAUAUCAGUCCAAUUUUGCAUUAUAUUUUUCCACAUAUGGUUCAUUCAGUUAUUUAUGGGGAAACAGAAACAGAAGAAGAAUCUGACAUGGUUGAUAAUCAAAUCUGCAAAAAACAUCUAGAAGCUAUAAUUAACAAUAUACCAUUAGAAAAAAACAUGGAUCAUUUAUUGGCCUGUACAUUUCUAGAAGAAUACAUCUCGUGCGGCACAGAGCUUAAUGCUGAUCCUGCUAGAAUGACUGAGAUCAAUAAAGAACUGCUUCCUUUAAUCAGACUUUUUGAAAGAAAGUACUCUAAAACAUUAGAUUUGGUACUGGAGCAGUACUUGAAAGAUGUUAGAAAUCCCAAGGAGCAAGAUCUCUUCCAUCAAUUUAUUUCCCUUUCAUUGAGUGGUGGUAAAUACCAGUUUCUGGAAGACUCAGAUACAUCUCUGCUACUUAGCUUGAAUCAUCCACAGCCAGCAGUCAGACUCCUGGCUGUUCAGCAUCUGGAGGAAAUCAUUGACCAAUCAAAGGAGGGCUUUGAUGAUUCUUUCAUAGAAGAGGCAAUUUUAGCACGACUAAAAGAUGAUAAUUUAGAUGUGAUUUGCUCAACUCUUAGUAUAUUGGAGACUCUCUUCGUAGCUGCGAAGACUUUUAGUGAGCAAAUUUGCUACAGCCUAUUGAGUCUCUUUGAAAGAGCUGACCUCUCAAAGAAUGAAAAAUGGUGCGAGAUCCUAGAGACUGUAAUCCAAGUCUUGAGGAGAGAUGGAAUUCUUAAAAAGAAUAAAGACAUCUUAAACCAGUUAGUUCUGCAGCUGCUGCCAUUUAUAGUAAUUACCAUCAAUGACUCAAAAUCUACUGAAUGCAAAAUUGCCCUUUUCAUAGCAGAGUCUGGUAUUUGUUCCCUGCAUCCUUUGCUGAAAGGCUGGCCAGAAACUUUCCAAAAAGUGGUUAAAGCACCAAAGCCUGAAAAUUUGAUAUAUGCAUCUAAUGGAAAACUGAUCAAGCUCCUGUCUGAGAACCUAAUUUUAGAGGAUCCUUCUUUUCUGUCACAAAUGGUGCAAGGACUCAUUGACAUUGCCAAGAAGGAACCUCAUAAUGUGAAGCAGAAGGUAACUGUGCAUGUUAUCAGUGCUGUUCUUGUCCAGUCUUGCUGUGGGAGUUAUCGAGGGGAAGAGUGCCGUUCAUCACUGGCUUUGAUGGUCUUUCAUCUCUUGAGGAGGAGAAUGCAAAACUUUAAGGACAAGGACUCUCAGUGCAAAUACUCCACAUCCGGCAAUGAACUUUUCUUAGAAGUAUUAGCAGGUUGUGUACAAAAGCUAAAUGAGGAAGAGUCUGCUGAUUUAGAAGAUUCUGUCUUGCUCAUUGUGUUGUUGAGAAACUUUAUUCAAGGCAUGGUGCCUCCAGACUCCUUUUUGAAAGAUGAGACAUGGUGGAAUCCUGAAACAUUAAAUAAAAAGAACAAAGAUUAUCUGAACCUCCUCUUGGGACUUUUUGACACCCUACUCAGUGGAGCCAGUGAGGGAAACAAUACUGAUCAUUUCCGUACAAUGAUGCAACUUCUGCUUGAGUCACAUUUGAAAAAGCCAGAGGAUCAGUUCAGAUUUCUCUCAGUCUUGUGGACCUACAGUUACAACAUUUCCAAUCAGCUGAGCUUUGUAGUGGAUGCCGUGCUACAGACUCGUGCUCUGUAUAUAGGCUGCGCAAUGCUGGCAACCCAGCCCACGCAGACAAAAAGGAAACUGGCAUCAACAGCAUUUCCAGUGAUCGUAUCUUUGUUGAUUAACCUGGGAAGUCCUGUGAGUGAAGUGCGAAGAGCUGCUCUUUGCUGCCUUAAUUCUUUGAGUGGAAUAAAAGAGUGUCCAUUUCAUCCUAUUCUUCUUGAUUUAGUAAAGAAAGCUGAAGAGAUAACAUCCGACCAAACAUAUAUAAUCCAGAGUCUUGGUAACUUGUUUGAGGAGCUACAUACUCAACCAAAAGGAAAACCACAACCGCAGAAGUUGUCAGAAGCACUCGGAGCGCUGCUUGAAUGUGCAAAAAGCAGCACAUGUCCAUCGUAUGUUGCACGAAACCUGAUGAAAAUUCUCCAGGAAGUCAAUGGAAAGGUCGUGCUGUCUCAUCUAUUGCCUGUCAUAGAUAGAUUACUGGACAGAGUUCAUACUAAACCAGAUGGGAUAUUGAAAGAUGAAGCUCUUCUUUUGCAUACUGUUCUUGGGAAGUACAAUGAACAUUCAGCAGAACUCCUUUGCACAAACCAACAAAGCCUAGGUUUGUUCAUCAAAGCUUUACACACCUCACGGGAAGUCUACAAAGGACUCAGUACUUUUCAGAUGAGAGCUCUUGGACAGAUUACAAAACCAUUCUUUGCUGCACUGUCAGAUGGGAAGGUUCAGCAAAAGAUUUUGGGAGUUCUGUUUGAUUUGCUCCUGAAUUGCAAAAAUCCAGAUUGUGCACAGAUGAUCAGCAGUGUUUUCAAAACGAUUUCAGUUGAUGCCAAGCAAGUUAGUGUGGAAUUGGAACCUCUGCAGAAGUCCAAGAAUAUUGCUACUCUUCACCAAAAAAGAAAGCAGAAAAUGCAGCAACAGAGAAAAACUCAGGAUCAGGAAUGCGCAGAGGACGAGAGCAGUGUGAACUGGCAACGAGUCACACUUAUAUUGGAAUUGCUGCAACACAAGAAGAAGCUUAAGAAGCCUCAGGCAUUGAUACCUACCCUCUUCAGCCUGCUUGCUAGGUGUCUAGAGCCUUCUGCAGUACAGGAAAAUCUGGAAUAUAUAAAACAGCUUAUACUUGGUGGGCUACUAAACAUUUGUCAGAAACUCUCUCCAGAUGGCAACAGGCUAAAGGAAGGUAUCCUUGAUGAAGAGAAGUUCAAUGUGGAGUUGAUAGUCCAGUGCAUCCGAGUUUCAGAAAUGCCUCAGACACACCACCAUGCUUUGCUCUUGCUAGGCACUGCUGCUGGGAUGUUUCCUGGUAAAGUGCUGCACAACAUCAUGCCCAUCUUCACAUUCAUGGGGGCAAAUGUUAUGCGCCUGGAUGAUGCUUACAGUUUCCAAGUUAUUAACAAGACAGUCAAGAUGGUCAUUCCUGCUCUUAUACAGGCAGAAGAGAAUAGUGGUAAUUCUGAAAAUGCUGAAAACCUGGAAGGGAUAGUGAUAAAAAUAAUCCGAGUGUUUGUGGAUGCUUUGCCACACGUCCCUGAGCACCGUCGCCUUCCAAUCCUAGAGCAGCUGAUAAGCACUUUGGGAGGGGAGCGGUUCCUUUGGAUUCUUCUAGUGCUCCUGUUUGAGCAGCAUGUUACAAAAUCAGUGACAGCAGUCUCCAAUGGUGAGAAGGAUUCUGUUUUGGAGAAUGAUACAGAAUUCUGGAUUUCUGUGUGCUGUGAGUUUAGUGCAGUCGAGCAACUGCAGAGUCUGAUGGAAAUCCUGGGCUAUUUAACAAAACUUCCAGAGAACAAAGAAGAUGAUUCUGGACAGAAGAAAUCAAGACAACACAGAAUCAAAUCAAGCAACCAGGAAAGUGAACUCUUUGAUGUGGAGUCCCAUUCUGGCAAACAGCUGAGGCAUUUCAAAUUCAUCUCAGUGUCUUUCAUGUCACAACUUCUGGCCUCGCACAGUUUUGUGAAAAAAAUAGUGGAAUGUAAAGAUGCUGAGGAGUUAAAGGACUUUGAACAGAGGUUGUUGGAAGAUGUUCUUCGUUACAUAAAUGUUGUGGCCCACUCUGUGGAAAAGAACGCUGAUUCACUUACAGCCAAAUUCUGGAGAGCUCUACUCAAUAAGUCCUAUGAUGUACUGGAUAAAGUCAACUCCUUAAUGCCAACAGAGACCUUUAUUCCUGUCAUCAGGGGCCUGAUGAAAAACCAGUUGCCUUCUGUGAGACGAAAAGCAAUGGAUCUCUUGAACAAUAAGUUGCAGCAGCGCACACCAUGGCAGCCAGCACAAGUUGAUAUGCUGUUAGACAUGGUUCCCGAACUCAUUGCUGUUGUACGGCAGGAGACACACAGGACUGAGGAGGAGCAGGCCAUCAAUAGGCAGACUGCUUUGUUCAGUCUGAAAUUACUCUGCAAAUGUUUUGGCCAUGAAAAACAUGAUCCAUUUACAGCAGUGCUCAAAAUGGCUGUUGAUGUGAUAGCUUCAGAAGAGAAGGAAGAAAGAAAUGUCACAGGAAGUGCUUUGCUGUGUGCUGCUGAAGUUACCUGUGUCCUGAAAGCACUCGCGAUACCUCAGCUCCCAAGGCUUAUGCCAGCAUUGCUAAAUAUUCUAAAACACACAAAAGAGUUGGCUGCCAGUGAAAUUUACUUGCUUAGUGCAGUGACGGCACUCCUGAAAAUCGUGGAAACAUUGCCACACUUCCUCAGCCCAUAUUUGUUGCAUAUAUUACUACAGAUGGUCCAUUUAGAAAAGAUUGCAGCUGGAAUGGGCCCUUCCUCCCAGGUUCACCUGCGCUUGGCCUCUCUGAAAACUACUCUAGCAACAAAACUGCCACCAAGAGUUCUUCUGCCUGCAGUUGCAAAAUGUUACAGUGAAGUAGCAAAUACUCACAAGACCUGUUUAGGUGCCGUUAUGGAUAUUCUGAAGGAGCAUAUUAUAAUUCUGGAAAGAGAUCAACUUAGUGCCCAUCAGUCUGAGCUCACGUCAUUUUUUGUGAAGGCCCUGGACUUUAGAACAGAACACUCUCAGGAUAAUCUGGAAGAAGUUGGGGAAGUAGAGGGCCAUAUUAUUAUGUGCUUAAUCAGCAUGGUUAUGAAGCUUUCUGAAAUGUCUUUCCGACCACUCUUCUUCAAGCUCUUUGAUUGGGCCAAAACUGAGGGUGCCCCAAAAGAUCGGCUGUUGACUUUCUGCAGGCUGUCCGAUUGCAUUGCCAAGCAGCUGAAAGGAUUGUUCACUCUCUUUGCUGGACAUUUAGUGAAGCCUUUCGCUGAUAUUCUCAGUGAGAUCAAUACUUGCAAAACAGACAAAGCUUUCUUUGAGUCUGAGAACAACACUGAAAAGAGCUGCUUGUUGCUACAGUUCAUCCUGGAUUGUUUACACAAAAUCUUCCUUUUUGACUCCCAUCAAUUUGUGAGCAAAGAAAGAGCAGAAACAUUGAUGAUGCCUUUGGUCCAUCAGCUGGAAAACAUGCUUGGAGGUGAAGAGAAGUUCCAGGAAAGAGUGCAAAUGCAUUUGAUCCCAUGUAUAGCUCAAUUUGCAGUUGCAAUGGCAGAUGACUCUCUGUGGAAACCCCUGAAUUACCAGAUUUUAUUGCAGAUGAGGCAUGAAUCACCAAAGGUCCGAUUUGCUGCCUUAUUGACUUUGCUAGAAUUUGCAGAAAAAAUAAGAGAGAACUACAUGGUGCUUCUCCCAGAGGCUAUUCCCUUCUUAGCUGAACUUAUGGAAGAUGAAUGUGAAGAAGUAGAGCAUCAGUGCCAGAAGACUAUUCAGCAACUUGAAGUUAUUCUUGGAGAAUCCUUGCAGAACUACUUCUAAUCUAAUGGUGUUAAGAGCAUCAUACUUCCAUCAAGAUGAAACUGAGACAUCGCUUAGCAGUGUGUUUCUAUAGAGAUUUUGCGCAAAUUGUUCUAUAUUUCUUUUUACAUGUUUGUUGAGUUGUAAAUUAUGUUUGAACAUUUGACAAAUGAGCAUUUUUAAGAGUUAAACUUUUAAUUUCUAUGAA